AUGAAGUUCCUCGCCCUGACUACCCUGGCCUCCGGCGCCUACGCCGGCGUCCUCGUCCAGCGUGACCUGGCCACCAUCCAAGCGGCCAUGACGUCUGCCGGCCAGGGCAUCGACGGCUUGGGCACCGCCAUCAAGGGCUUCUCCGGCGACCCGGCCCCCGUCCUGGCCGCUUCAAACACGCUCAUCCAGGCGCUCAAGGACGGCAAGGCCAAGGUCGACCCUUCGAGCGACCUGACUCUGGCUGAUGCGCUUGGCCUCCAGGCCCCGGCCGGCGAGCUGCAGAAGAAGGGCGACGCCCUCCUGGCCGAUCUCAAGACUGCCGUGCCUACCAUCGAAAAGGCCGGCAUGUGCGAGGUCACCUUCACCCAGACCAGUGACAUCAACACGGCCGCCAAGGCCCUGAUCGACAGCGUCGUGUCCAAGGUCCCUUCGGCCGCUCAGGGCAUUGCCCAGGGCAUCGUGGCCGGUCUCCUCAAGGACCUCCAGGAUGCUCAGGAUGCCGUCGGCCCGGCCAACUGCAAGAACUCGGCCACGCCUCCCGCGAGCUCCUCUGCUGCUCCUCCCGCGACGUCUGCCGCCCCCCCGGCGACGUCUGAAGCUCCUCCUGCGACGACGCAAGCUCCUCCAUCUUCGUCUGCCGCUCCUCCCGCGACAACGGAAGCUCCCCCGGCCACGACGGAAGCUCCUCCCGCAACGACGGGAGCUCCUCCGGUGACGAGUGCUGCUCCCCCGGCCAGUGAUACCUGCCCGGCUGCUUCUACCGUCACCGUCACCGCCAUCGACAGCAAGCACUGCACGCCUACUCCCACCUGCACCAAGAAGCCUCCCGUCACCGUCACCACCACCAAGAAGGCCUGCCCGACCAAGACCAAGCUGCCGUGGUAA